AUGCAAGCUUUAUGGAUUCCGCAUCAGAUUUAUAAUCAGACAUUCCAGGUUUCUCAUUGUUGUGAAUGUUUUGAAGCCUUUGAUGACGAACGUCUUCGGCUUUCAGCUUUCAAAAGGUCACAAAAAAUAAAGUCUUCGAUAUCUCAAGAACCAGUUGCUUGUCAUGUUCCAACAUACACGCAAUAUUUCAUGUCUCAUUUAUGUGUAGCAUCAUUGACAGCGUUUCAAGUAGAAAAUUUAUGGAUUUUUUUGCUCCAAGUUUUGACCCAGUGGAACAAAGGCUAUAAAACAAACAACCGAUCGUUAAUUUUCCUCAAAAGGGAAAAUUAUGGUAAAACAGCUAUGAAAGCAAAUCUUUUCAUGUUCACUUAG